CGUGGAUUAAACUGAUUCAAAUGCUUCACUGAGUGAGAAGACCGCAGAGCACUACUUAAGAUAGCACUUUGUUCACCUUAAUUUUCCGAAACAUGGAUGCGACGAUUUUUCAAAUCUUCAUUGGGGAGUUUGGUGAUCCCAACUGUAGUCUCAUGGAUGCUUUUCAGGACACCUUUUACGAGAAUGCAUCUUUCUCAUUAAUGAAUUUUGACGGUAUUUAUUGUAAUGCCACAACAGAUGAGAUCGGAACUUGCUGGCCAAGGAGCAACUCGGGUCGAAUUGUGGAGCGACCAUGUCCGGAGUACAUCAACGGAGUUAAAUACAACACCACAAGAAGUGCUUACAGAGAAUGCAUGGAGAAUGGGACCUGGGCUUUCAGAAGUAAUUAUUCAAAUUGUGAGCCAAUUUUGGAAGAGAAGAGAAAAUACCCCAUGCAUUACAAGAUUGCUUUAAUCAUAAACUACCUUGGCCAUUGUAUAUCUGUGGGAGCUUUAGUUGUGGCCUUCAUACUGUUCCUCUGCUUAAGGAGUAUUAGAUGCCUUCGUAACAUAAUCCACUGGAACUUGAUUACCACCUUCAUCUUAAGGAAUGUCAUGUGGUUUUUACUACAGCUGAUUGAUCACAAUAUUCAUGAAAGCAAUGAGCCAUGGUGCCGCCUUAUAACAACAAUCUAUAACUACUUUGUGGUGACCAAUUUCUUCUGGAUGUUUGUGGAAGGCUGUUACCUCCACACUGCCAUAGUGAUGACUUACUCCACAGAUAAGCUCAGGAAGUGGGUGUUCCUGUUUAUUGGAUGGUGUAUUCCAUGUCCAAUUAUUGUGGCGUGGGCUAUAGGAAAGCUGUACAAUGAAAAUGAACAAUGCUGGUUUGGGAAGGAACCUGGAAAAUACAUUGACUACAUUUAUCAAGGGCCUGUGAUUCUUGUUCUGCUGAUAAAUUUCGUAUUCCUUUUCAACAUUGUAAGAAUUCUUAUGACAAAACUGAGAGCAUCCACCACAUCUGAAACUAUACAGUACAGGAAAGCUGUGAAGGCCACAUUAGUUCUCCUGCCCCUACUUGGAAUUACCUAUAUGUUGUUUUUUGUGAAUCCAGGGGAAGAUGACAUAUCUCAAAUAGUGUUUAUUUAUUUCAAUUCAUUUUUACAGUCAUUUCAGGGUUUCUUUGUGUCAGUAUUUUACUGCUUCCUUAAUGGAGAGGUGCGCUCGGCUACCCGAAAAAGGUGGCACCGUUGGCAAGACAACCAUGCACUACGGGUGCGGGUGGCGCGUGCCAUGUCCAUCCCCACAUCGCCCACGCGCAUCAGCUUCCACAGUAUUAAGCAGACCACUGCAGUGUGACGAGUGAGUGAGUGAGUGAGUAAGCGAGCAAGCAAAGGAGCGGCUGAAUGUGUCCAUGCCAGGAGUCCAUACUGCAGAUUGGUUGGGAAAAAGCCACUGCACUGUGUGUCUGCCUCUGAGACUUUUGAGAUUAAGAAUGAACGGAACAUUAAGCACUAGGAAUACAAAUUGACCUUUUUAUCCUACAGUUCUCUGUCUCUCUGUACUGUUUCAGACUGUCCAAUCCAGUAUAAUUCCUGCUGUGGCAUGCUGCCUGGUGUCAUUCUGAGAAAUCAGUGCCCAUUUGGUGUUUGUGGUCAUUCUCAACAAACCCACCAUCCAUCCCAUAAAUGUUGGAACUCCAACAUCCAUCUAUUUUUUUACCCGAUAAUAGCUUCAACAAAAAGCUUUUUGCUCCAUUGUCAAAUGAAUAUUACUUGACAUCUCCUGAUCUUGUAAGAUAACACACUGAUAAUGUAAAAUAUUGUAUACGCUUUUCUUUUCUUUUUUUGUUUUACUUCAGCUAGUUGACUUUGCACACUGGCUGAGAAUUGAUGCCGAGAGAAAACAACGUGUCUGGCCUUCUCAUAUGCUCUAUCAUCAGCAACUAAAAUGCCAACACAGUCAGUCUCCACACAGGAAGCCUUCAAAGAGACACAAAGACUUGCCUGCCAAUUAGUCUGUGUAUGUGCACACACAGGAGGUUUAACAGAUGUGGCGGAAGGCCAGGUCCAAUGGAACAUAGCAAGAAAACUGCCAACGUCACCUCCAGUUGCUUUUAGAUCUCACAAACUUUUAACAGCUGUCGUUUAUAUCACUGUUUCGUCGUCAUCGUGUUGAGACUGUGGCAGGGUUAUGUAAGCCCAGUGGCCAGUUCAUGUAAAGUGUCACCUGAGUUCCGUGCUGCCUGUCUUAUUUGAUGUUCCUCUUUGUUGUCAAAGCCCCCUGGGCAAGACGGACGUGGAUAACUGAGUUGCUCAGUGUGAAUCAGGCUGCCCUUCAUUUGUAUUAUUUCCAUUAUCUGGACAAACGUGUCUUUGAUUUUCUGACAGGACGACCCUGAAUGCUCUUGUAUCACAAAGAGUAUUUUUUUAGAAAGUCAAAAGAUUGUCUGCGAUUUAAGAAAAAGGACGGAGUAGAUUAAAGUCUUGUCAGUCUUCAAAUCCAUCAGUUCUGACUUUAAUCAGGGUCAAGGUUAAGCUCUGUGUAAAGAAUAGCUUUAUUGCAAGUGAACUCUAGUAUCACAAUAAGGUACAGGAUGUCCUCAUCAGACCAGAGUACAUUUAGUAUAGUACACUUGCAGAUAUCGGAAUUCCAGAAAAAGUUAUAUGUUUUAGUAGUAGUCAGCCCCAAUACAAGAAAAUUAGGGUUUAUCACAGAAGAUUGGAAACUAACAUGUUUCUAGUUUUAAAUGAUACACUACUAUUGCAUUUCCCAAGUAAAGUGGAUAUAUGGAUCAUCCUGUGUUCCAUUCCAUUUUCAUUCCAGGCAAGAUUUUAUAGUGAAGGAAUAUGGACACCAGAAUAAUGGUGACCCCUCAAAUUGUGCAUUUAGUAUUUAGUUCUUUUAUAGGAAAUUGAUCUUUGAAAUCCUAGGUGUCUGACAAGGUUCAAUGUUAACUAUCUCGGACUUACAGUAUACACAGUUUAGAUUCAUUUAAAGCCAAUAUUCAAUGCUUGAGUUCUUAACAGCCAAACAAGUUUUGUAGACUUUUGCCCUUUUAUUUAAUUAUGUAAACAUGGCAUUUCAUAAUCAUAAUCACUACAGAAUUUUUUCAGUUAGUCAUAGCUUUAAGUGUCCGUAAAAUCCUAGCAAACAUUUCUGAAGGCUUCUGCACAGUGAACUUCCUCUGCCUGAUUUCCUCAAAUGUCCUGGUAUUUAUUAUAUUGCAAGUGCAAGUCAUUGUGUAUGGAAGCCCAAAGUUGUGAGAUCAGUUCAAACUUAUAUAAUGGCCCCAUUUUGUUGAGAUCUUGACAUGUUUCUCAAGAACUCUGUUUUCUAUAUCUGCAUUUGGGCGCCUACUGUAUAUCAGGGACACGUAACCAAGAAGACGGCUUGUUGGCAAAGUGAGCUUGACGUUGCAACAGAAUAUAUUGAUGAUAAGUUUCCCAAUGGGGCCUUGGGAGACUAGGUUUCUAAUGUGUCAUACAGCUGAAUUAAAACAAACCUUGAUUAACUUUCUCAUCAUAAAAGUAAAAGCUAUGUGCUUGGUGUUUGACUAUAGGUCCAUGUGAAGUCAUCCAAUACCUCAAAUAGGUUGACGUUUCAAACAAUCCAAAUAGGUUGUCAUAUCCCGAGGUUUCUCAUGUGGAUUUUCUCUCAAGCAAGACUAUACAUUUCAGCCACCUAGAGCAUUAGUAUUAGAGUAUUAAUUUCUUAUGGGUAAACAGUGUUGACCUAUAAUUUUCUCAGUAUUUCAAAUUAUUUAAUUAUGUCAUUAUUUCAGGAAAAUAGUGUUUCGAAAUGUUGAGAUCUCAAGAAAAAUAUAGUAACUAAAUAUUUCACCAAAACGGGUUCACGAUUCAAAUGAAAAGUUGAUGGCAGUGUAGGGCCACCAUAAUCCUUUACUUAGACACAAAGGAAUGUCCCCAAGCUCUCCUCACUCAGGUGCAUGGAGUAUGAAAAAACAAAAGCAGCCUACUGUGGGCUGCUUUGUGGAUUAGUGGAUCAAAUUGUUCCUUCUGCCCAUUCUAGCAUUCACACAUACAUUACCAGCAGGACAAUACUGUAGGUUGUACAUAUGUAAUAAUACCUCUUGUUUUAUAUUAAUUACUAAAUACUGUGAAGUGUGAAAUAUCUUAAUUUAUCAAACUAAAGAGAUGUGGAGUAUGGGAGUCCCCAACUUCUUUUUGUUUUUUUUUGUUGACUCAGAUCACCAUUACUGUACAUAAUGCACUUUUAUGGAUAAUGAAAAAUCAACUAUUCCACCUAUUUGGUUCGUCUGGAUCCUGAGGGUGCCUAGGGAUGCUCAACACAUCAUUAGACAAGUAAACAAAGAAGAAAACAUUGACCUACAUGAUGUAAACUUCAACAGAAGGGAAAAAUAACAAUAUUGAAGACAGUCCAGUGCAAUUCACAGUCACUCCACAUAAAACAACCAACAAGCACUUGUACUCUCCAAGCCUUGCUCUGAUGUUGUGUUGUGUAUUCUAAGGCCACCAAUGAGUCCCCACCAAGGAGUAAUUGGACCAAAGAUGUUAGGUAUGCAGUACAUAUACUAGAAUAUUAGCUAUUGUAUGUCUACUGUUGUACACAUUGAGAGUUCCAUUUACUUUAAUGAUACGACACAAUGAUACUAAACUAGUAUCUGUGACAAAGUGUCUCAGUCAUUUUUCUAAGAUGAAACAAUGUACUGUGUCUGUCUGUCAGUGAGUAGGUGUGUAUAAUUGCAUCUCAUCUAGUUUGAAUAGAAAUGCCAUUGUUGCCUUAAACAAAUAUAAAACAUUGUAAAUAUAAUGUUUGUAAAUUGUGUAUUCAUGUGAUGGUGUUGAAUUUCUACAAGA